GUGGAUCAAGCGGGGUUAUUUUGCUGGAGAGGGUUAACUCUUGAAAGAAGAGACGGCGUCUUUUGUGGAAUGGUGUUGAAGGUGGGACCCACUUACGAAUCUUCUUUCUAGUGGUGGAAUAAGAAAAAGACCACCAAUAUUUGUUUUAGUAGUGAAGCAUCUUGAUCCAGCUUGAAGAACACCAGGGUUCCGGAGAACACCUAGCAGUCUGUAGUCUGAUCUCAUUCAUUUCCUCUGAUGUCAUAUUGGAAAAAAUUAAGAUGCCCAAAGAUAUUUGACCUUCCAUAGGAAGAAGAUGUUAAAAACUUUAAACAACCAUCACAGUAAUUACAGUAAUGGAUCUCUGUCAGAAAAAUGAGACUAAAUUAGAAAAUAAUGGAAAUAAUGAAAUUCAAAGCACAGAAAAAAACGAAUUAACCUAUACUUGUCCAGAUGAAGGAAGCGAAAAGAAUCAUGUUUGUUGUCUUCUCAAUAUCAGUGACAUUACGCUUGAACAGGAUGAAAAAGCCAAUGAGUUUGCUAUCGGAACUGGAUGGGAAGAAGCAGUUCACGGCUGGGGGCAGACUUCUCCAACUGCCUGCAUCUGGCCUAGGAAGAAGCUUAAAAAGGUGAAGGUGGGAGAAAGUGCCAGUAGCUGUUUACUCUGUAUCAGUCUCUCCCAAGGGAGCCCUGAGACCAAGCCUCAGUCUGAGGCAGAGAAGUUGGAGUCAGGGGCUCUGGCUGAGGCAAGUCCAGGGAAGGAUCAAGGCAGCCUCUCCCAGAUGCAGAGGCCCCCGCAGGGCCCCACCACUGCUACCAGGGACAUCAGCAAGAUCUGCUUUCCCUCCUAUAGCCAGGGAGAGAAAAAAAGUCUGCAAAUAAAGGAGUUUAUUUGGUGCUUGGAAGAGUGGGCUGUCCCUGAAACAGUUAGGGGCAAGGACCUCAGUGGGGGUUCUGACAGAGGUCCCUCCAUCUCAGACUCCUUGACUUCCAAGGCACUUUUAGUUCUGCCUCCCCUGAAGACUUCAGCCCCAAAUGGCUUAGACGGUCUGGGUAAGAAGAGUAAGAACUUUCCCUUGCAGCCUGAAGAGAAGGUGCUAAGUAUGCAAAAGGAUGCGUGUGUGGCUUGUGAAUAUGGAUUGAAAACAGUUAACGGGAAAGAUGAAAAGAGACCUGCUGAGCUGGCCAAGCACCUUAAGGUCAACUGCAGGCAGCCUUUCCCCUCUCCAGGGGCCAGGACAUUGCUGCUGGCCAAUCCAGAGCGGUGCUGCCUACACUGGUCCCUCCUUCCUGAGAAAAACCUGGCGUGCCCACCCAACCCCAGCAACGUUCACUGUCUCGCUACCUUGCAGCUUUUGCAGAAACAGGGAGUGCAAAGCUACAAAACCAAAUUCAAAGCCAGGGAGCCAAGACCUCCCAUGAACACCCAAAAGUACGUUGUCAAGGAGGCCAAGCUGGAAAACAGGCCUCAAACAUUGGAGACCAAUGUGUUCUCAAGACCUCUUUUGCCGUCCCUCACAGUGAGCAGAGUUGUCAUUCCUGUCUCCACCCAAAGACUUCUCUGAGUUGCCACAAUAUAACUCCCUGGGAAUAAGCACUGUUUGAAAUUCAUUCAUUCUUUCUCUCCUGCCCCCAUCCCAUUCUCUUCUGUUUUCUUCCUUCAUCUCCUCUCCCCUUCUCUUCUCUCACACUCUUCUCUUUCUCUCCCUUGUCCUUUGUUUUGUAGGAGAACCAGAGGAAAUUGAACCUCAUAGUAUGCAUUUUGAUUUAUGUAUUACCUGCUUCUGUUAGUCACUUACAAAAGCAAACUAGGAAUGCCAGUCUCAGCCUCUGCCUGCCUUACAUCUCUGCCACUGGAAGCCAAGUGGAUGGUGGGGAAUCCGAAGGGCCUGUCUUGGUGAAGCCCCCAUGCCAGUCCCAAGCCCACUGGAAAGGGCUCUAUCUGCCCGACCCCAGUGCCUUACGCUAAGUGUACUGGGCUUGUUUGGACCAAAUUAUUUCCUUAUCUUUUAGACCAGGCAGAUAUCUAUCUGUUGCUUCAUUUUCUCUUGCAACAAAGAUCUGAAACACUGCUUUAAUAGAAAACUCCAUCCUAUGUCUAAAUGAAUAUCUUUGCGUCCAAAGUGACAUAUCCGUAUAUUCAUAUACCAUAUCCAUUGUAUCCUAUGUGUCCAAAGUGACAUAUACCCAUGGGUUUACCAUAUUUAUUGUAUCCUGUGUGUCCAAGGUGACAUAUCCCUGUGUUGUAGCCUCAUGCUAGUCUCUGUGUCUGGGAAGUUUUAGCCACAGUUCCACAAAAUCCUUCUUGGGAACCAGGUUAAGAAUAGUUAUUUGAAAAAAAGAUGUAACCAUGACUAUUGUCACCCCACAUGCUUCCUCCGGACCUACUUUGCAUCUAAUAUUUGGGAACUCUGCAACCCCAGACUCUUACAAAAUGGGCUGUUACUUUCUCUCUUCUGUUCCUUUCCCCCCUCAUUUUAUUCCAAUGCAUUAUUUCCUGAAGUUGUAUAUAAAUUAAAUGAUAUUUGUAAAUGAGUUCUAUUUUAAAUGCCAAGUGACAAUGCCAUGUAGAGAAAUGCUUUGAAAAAACAUUUUGUAAUAUAAAUAACCAUUUAACUGCUCUGUAUUUACAGUUUGAAUUUGCUUAAGGUAGGUUAUACUAUGAACUCUGGACUUUCCAUCCCCUAAGUGAUGACUGUAUUUGUAAACAUCUGCUUUCCAUAAUUGGUCUUUGUAAUGUCUUGUCUGUUAAAGAUUUUUAUUUUGUCAGUUUGUUUUUAUGAAACACCAGCAAUGCAAGAAUGAUUAUAGUACAACAGUCAUUAAAAGGUAUAUUUUGCCUGCUUAA